AGAGACCAUCUUUACAUCGCCUAUGUCCUGUCCUCCACUCUGUUACCAAAAUUAUAUAUAAUUUUUUUAAAAAAAUUAAAAUUAAAAAGAAGAAAACCCUAGAUUUCUCCGUCUCUCUAAUUUCCUUUCUCUCUCAAGCUUCUCAGAAAGUCUGACACUUUCGAGAAUCUAAUCUCCAAAUUUCUUGUCUUUUUGGAGAAGGAAUCGAAUUAUGUACAAGGAACGUAGUGGAGGAGGUGGUGGUGGGUCAUCGAGAUCAGAGAUCCUCGGUGGAGCUAUUGAUCGGAAACGAAUCAACGAUGCACUCAAUAAGAAACUAGAGAAAUCUUCAACUUCCACCACCACAUCUAGGGUUUUCUCUUCUAAAGACAAAGAUCCCUUUUCCUUCACAUCUACUAAAACUCAGCUUCCUGAUGUGGAAUCGGAAACUGAUAGUGAAGGGUCUGAUGUGAGUGGAUCGGAGGGUGAUGAUACGUCGUGGAUCUCUUGGUUUUGUAAUUUGAGAGGGAAUGAUUUCUUCUGUGAAGUCGAUGAAGAUUAUAUUCAAGAUGAUUUCAAUCUUUGUGGUUUAAGUGGUCAAGUCCCUUACUAUGAUUAUGCACUUGAUCUCAUUUUAGAUGUUGAUGCUUCCAACAGUGAGAUGUUUACUGAUGAACAGCAUGAAAUGGUGGAAUCAGCUGCUGAGAUGCUAUAUGGUCUUAUUCAUGUUCGUUACAUUUUGACUACUAAAGGAAUGGCUGCAAUGACUGAGAAGUACAAGAACUGUGAUUUCGGGAGAUGCCCGAGAGUUUUCUGUUGCGGUCAGUCUUGUCUUCCAGUUGGACAAUCCGAUAUCCCGAGAUCGAGUACUGUGAAGAUAUACUGCCCUAAAUGCGAGGAUAUAUCUUACCCGCGAUCUAAAUUCCAAGGCAGUAUCCUUUUUCUCUGUUCAUAAUCCAUAAUUUUGGCUUUGCCAUUUCAAUAUUUCAGUGAAAGCUUAGGUCUGAUUUUGCUUCAGUUGAGACACUCUGAUCUUGAGUGUCAUUGUAUCUUAGCGUUUUCCUUAAAUGACUUGUGCAGAUAUUGAUGGAGCGUACUUUGGAACCACAUUCCCUCACUUGUUCUUGAUGACUUACGGGAACUUAAAGCCGCAGAAGCCUACUCAAAGCUAUGUCCCAAAAAUCUUUGGCUUCAAGGUACACAAACCAUGAUACUAGUGCUCUGCAUUCUCAAUGGUGAUACAUUUAGUGGCUCUGUAAUUGCAUCCGGAUGAGCAACUGAAACGAUAGCUGCGGUGACUGGAGCAUACAUCAACCAUUGGGUUAGAGGAUGAGAGCUGAAGUUGAAAGAUGGAAUCUUGAAAGAAUCUCAUGAAGUUCCAAGAAAACUUAGAAGUGCAACAGCCUGGCUCAUUGGGGGAAAAGAACGACACACUUGGGUCUUGUUGUUGUCUCCGAAAAGAUUUUCCCCAGUUAGUUGGAUUUUGUUUUGAACUGUUGGAUUAUUAUUCGUUUUUCUAAUUUCAUGUAAAACUCAUAAAUUUCAACUGAAGUAUAACUUAGAUCAAUCAAUUUCAUCAAAGAUCAUAAUGAGACAUGUAUGGCCAUUAAAAUACACUCAAGGGACCAAUAUCUUAGGAUGAUUACGACACAAAA